AUGUUGAAACUUUUGUAUCUCGUCAGUUUGCUAUGUUAUGGAUCAGAUGGACUUUUACUUGGUGACAAAGAACAUCAUAUGAUCGGCAAUGCCUCUGGAAUCGAAGUUUUAGGUCGAAUUGAAACACUCGAAAAACAGCUGGCGGAAGAAAAGCGAGAUCGUUUCAUUUUAGAACAGACCGUAAGGGAUAUUAACACCAAAUUUCAUGGCACUCUACUGAGCAUUAAUCAGAUUGAAUUGCAGCAAAGAGAAUUUCAAAAUAAUGUAUCAAGGGACAAUUUGGAAAUCCUACAACGAUCUCAAAAUGUCAACCUGACCAUCAACAAUAUUACUGCCUUAUUGCAAAGAACAAUGUCGGACUUCUCCAGCCUUUCCUCAAAGUACAACCUAGAGGUACAAGCUAUAUACAGCAAUAUUUCCAAGAUGUCAGGAUCAGUGCAAGACUUACAAAGAAAGGUAUCUUUCUUCGCAAAACUAUCUAGCAGUGUCCGAAUUUCAGCAGCUCACCAAACUGUCGUGUAUGAUACGGUUUUGACAAAUAACGAUAAUGGAUACAACCCAAAGAAUGGAAUCUUCACUUGUCCUCAGUCAGGAACUUAUAUGUUUAUCUGGCAAACACUGAUUAAUCCUCUCACAUAUAUCAGACUGGAGAUCGUAGUGUCUGGAUCAGCUUUAUAUGGUAUUGUGGAGGAUACACAAGAUGCGAAUGACUUUGACACAGCAACUGGGUCUAUAAUUAUUCAUGUUAAUGUUGGUGAUACAGUGUUCAUUCGUUCCCGAGACAGCGGUCCUGGACCUAUGUUCACCGAAUCCAGUGUCAUAACCUCCUCAUUUUCUGGAUACCGAAUUUAA